AUCCAGGUCACGCCCACCUGGGCCCUAAUCCUAAUCGAUUUUUUCAUAUACAUUGUGUCGUGGGCGCGCGUGGAUGAUCUUGUUGACAAGGCGUAAUGGCUGGUGUUAGUAAAGUUGUAGAUGUUGACGAACUACUACCUCAACUUUGUAAUGAAUUUGAUCAACAUUUUGGCAAAAGACCUGAAGUUGCAGGAUGUGCUCCUGGUAGAGUUAAUUUGAUAGGAGAACACACUGACUACAACGAUGGAUUUGUUUUUCCGAUGGCAUUAUCAAUGGUUACUGUGCUUGUUGGUUGUAGAACAGACAGUGGGGUGUGUAAAGUGGUAACAACAGCUGAAGGUGUAGAUGAGCCAAAGGUAGUUGAAUUUGCUCUUCCAACAGGUGACAGACCCCUCCAGCCAGGGAAGCCUGCAUGGUCAAACUAUGUUAAAGGUGUUGUCCAAAACUACAAAGGCAAGGUGUCAUCAUUCAAUGCGCUGAUUGGUACAACAGUACCACUAGGGGGCGGCGUUUCCAGCUCUGCUUCACUUGAAGUUGCCACUUACACAUUCCUGGAACAAUUAGACAAAAGUGGUAAGACAGUAAGUCUGAAAGAGAAGGCACUAGCUUGUCAAAAGGCAGAAAAUGACUUUCCCAAGAUGCCUUGUGGUAUUAUGGACCAAUUCAUAUCUGUAAUGGGGAAAAAAGAUCAUGCAUUGCUUAUAGACUGUAGAUCAAUGGAAUCCAAGUUGGUGGGCCUUACAGACCCAAAUAUUGUUGUACUAGUAACAAAUUCAAAUGUUAAGCACAAGCUCACUGGAAGUGAAUACCCAUUACGACGCAAGCAGUGUUAUAAAGCAGCCAAAGUACUUGGGAAGAAUAGCCUUCGUGAUGCAACAAUGGACGAACUUCAAAGCCAUCAGAAUAAGCUGGAUGAUGAGACGUUUAGGCGUGCAAGACAUGUGAUCAGUGAGAUCGCAAGAACGACAGAUGCAGCAGAUGCACUUGCUCGAUCUGAUUUCUCAACAUUUGGCAAAUUAAUGGUACAAAGUCACAAUUCCUUGUGCAUAGAUUUUGAGGUGAGUAGUAUAGAGCUUGAUGAGUUAGUAGAAUUAGCAAUGUCAUGCGAAGGUGUUUACGGUUCAAGGAUGACCGGAGGUGGGUUUGGAGGCUGCACCGUCACCCUGCUGAAGAAGGAUGCAGUUGAAAGUACAGUUCAACAUGUACAGGCCAACUACAGUGGAAAGGCUACAUUCUAUGUGUGUGCAGCAUCAGAUGGAGCUAGGUCUCUGCAGCUGUAAAGUGAAGAAGCUAAAACAAGCUGACGAAGCAUUCUUCCAUGACCUUCUUGCAGUUCAGAGGCAUCAAUAAUUUACAAUAACUGUAAAUUUUGCUGGCAACCGAACUGUUUAAAACAAUAUUAUAGAUAUUACAAAUUCAUAAAUUAUAUUUCAAACACCUUAUUAAAUUUAUUUAGAAUUAUGAAUUGUGACAAAAACAAGCCAAACCAGUCACUCGUCGCAAAAAUCGAA